GAAUUUGCUUAGAGCCACAUCCGUUCAAUGUUCUUAAUUUGGCUUAUUAUCUUCACUGCGGGUAUAACGAAUCUGAUAAAGACAAUCCAUUAAAUAUGAAAGCAGAAAAGAUUAGCGAAUUAUAUAAAGCAUUACUUAAUUAUGAUCUUAAGAGAUAUCAAAAACCUAUCUCAACCCGUUGGUUAUACCAAUUAACUAUGGCAAAACAGUAUUUAAAUCGAAGAGAUAUUCAUUUACAAUUUUCUAGUUGGUUUAUUAAUCAACUAGAAAAAGCAAACAAAAUUCCUGAAAGCUAUUUAAAAAAAUGGAAAAUGUUUUAUAGUUUUUUGCAAAAUGAUAAACUAAAUAUAGAGAUUCAAAUAAUGGAUACAAAUACUACGAAUCUUCCAAACAGAUUUAGAGCAAGCGAAAUGCCAGAUAAGGUCGAACAAUGGAUUAAUGAUUUGCAAAUAGCAUCUGAACAUCCUGACAAA